UGCUGGUCCCACAGUGUGACCUGGGUCCCUGUACGGCCUCCCAUUGCUUCCACUCUGCCAUGUGCCACUUUGAAAGGUCUCCUCACACUCCUGCGGUUGUCCAUUUUGUCAUAGGUUGCUGGCAGAUUACAGGCCUUCCAUAGGUGCCGCCAGGCCCCAUAUCGGCCAUGGGCCCCCGUACCGCCUGGUCACGCUGCUGCUGGUCCCCACAGUGUGACCUGGGUCCCUGUACGGCCUCCCAUUGCUUCCACUCUGCCAUGUGCCACUUUGAAAUCUCCUCACACUCCUGCGGUUGUCCAUUUUGUCAUAGGUUGCUGGCAGAUUACAGGCCUUCCAUAGGUGCCGCCAGGCCCCAUAUCGGCCAUGGGCCCCCGUACCGCCUGGUCACGCUGCUGCUGGCCCACAGUGUG